GUGCACUGAAGGAGGGAGAGGCUGAGGAGGACCGAGACCGCGGCAGAGACCGGGGUCCUGGACACACUUCUCCAGCGAGCGGCGCCGGCGGCUGUGCCAGCCCAUGUUUGGGCACACAAUGGAGCGAGGUGGCUCCCCCGCUCAGUCCUGCCCUGGGAGGGGACAGUAUCUGUUUAGAUUUGUGUCUAAAUUUAAACCCUGAUGGCUGGCCUCCCUCCCCUGCUCCUCCUCCUCCUCCUCCUCCCUCCCUCCCUCUCCACCUCCUCCUCCCCCGCCUUGCUCCUCCUCCCCCUUCCCCCUCCCCCUGCCUCCUGUCCUCGCCCAGAGGCCGGCUGUCCCGCAGCAACCAGCCGGCGCCCACUCGCCCUGCGCCGGCCGCAGCCGGGGACCAGGCAGGCAGGCGGGCAGGAAGCGAGAGCGGCAGGACCGUGAGCCCGGGCGGACGAGCCGAGCGGCACCUGGGGGACAUGGAGGACAGACCCUCGGAGGCCAACGCCAAUGUGGACACCUCGGCGUCCCCGUCGGUGGCCCAGCUGGCCGGGCGGUUCAAGGAGCAGGCGGCCGCCGCCAAGGAGAUACCAGCCAGUAAACCAGCCCGGAGGAAACCCCCCUGCUCCCUCCCCCUGUUCCCCCCCAGGGUAGACCUGGGCCAGAACGGAGAGGAGAAAUCGCCACACAACGCGAGCCACCUCCCCAAAGUCAAGGUGAAGAGCUCGCCUCUGAUCGAGAAGCUCCAGGCCAACUUAGCCUUCGACCCGGCCGCCCUGCUGCCGGGGGCCUCGCCCAAGAGUCCGGGACUCAAGGCGGCGGUGUCUCCGUUCCACAGCCCGCCUUCCACUCCCGGCAGCCCCGGCGUGCGGCCGCAGGAGCCGGAGGAGGUGCCCAUCAGCUUCGACCAGCCGCCCGAGGGCAGCCACCUGCCCUGCUACAACAAGGUGCGGACCAGGGGCUCCAUCAAGAGGCGCCCGCCCUCCCGGCGGUUCCGGAGGUCGCAGUCGGACUGCGGGGAGCUGGGGGAUUUCCGGGUGCCCGAGCCGUCCCAGGAGAACGGGGCGCAGGAAGACGCCCGGGACGAGGUGUUCGCGCCCAAGAGCAAGAGCCCGGGCUCGCCUCCCCCUCCCCCCAGCGAGGGGGCGCUGGGAAGGGCAGGGCGGGCGGCCCCGGGGUCCCGCGAGAAGCCCCCGCUGCGGAGAUCGUCCAGCGGGGCGGAGAAGCAGGAGGAGAAGGCCCGGGCCCCCGAGGAGGCCCUGCGGCCGGAGACGGCUCCAGGGGAUGCCGAGGAGGCAGCGGCAGAGCCACGCCCCGCAACCAGCACCACCAGCACCGAGGCGCAGAACGGGGGUGGGGGCCCCGCGGAGGGAAGGCCCGCGGCGGAGCAGGAGGAGUCCGCCGCCGAGGUGAAGGAGGAGGGGGCCGGCGGGGAGGAGGAGCCCGCACCACCCGGCGGAGACACCGAGCGGCUGGAGGAGGGGGCCGAGGUGCAGGAGACGCCCCAGGCCGCCCCCGGAGGGGUGGAGGGCGGCCUCGCCCCAGAAGAGGGGAACGGCCAGGAGAAGCAGGAGGAGGCCACCGCCCCGGAGCCCGGCUGCAGCCCCACGACCGGCAGCGAGGCCCCCGAGACAGAGGACGGCACCUCUGCCUAGCACACUAAAGUGUAGGAUGGCCCCCUGUGCCCGGUGUCGCAGCGGCUGGAGACGUCUCCUUGGAACUGGUGGCCACGCGCGCGGCAGCGAAGGAAGCCACACCGCCCUGGACGGUGCCCUCACCCCCACCCCGCCCCAGGCGAAGACUGGACCUGAGGGCAGCAGACUUUUAUCAGCUUUGAGUUUGUGUUAUGUGAUGGACUUGGUU